ACGGCGCGUGAAAACCAGCCGGAGGAGACCGGAAACACCUCGAGGACCUGUUUUAGUGCUUUCUGGCAUCAUGUGGGCGCGAGCUGUGGUGUGCGCGGCGCUGUUGUCCGCGCUCUGCCCGGGGGGACGGACGGAAGCCGAGAGGGACGAGAGAGCCGUCCAGGACUACCAGUACGCGAACUCCAACCGACUGCUCGGUGCUCUGCAUGAAGUCCUGGAGAAGCUGCAGACAAAGAGGAUUAAUCCCUGGGAGAAGAAGUACGGACAGGUCCCCUCUUGUGACCUCGGCGAGCACUGCGCCGUCAGAAAAGGAUCUCGCAUCGGGAAGAUGUGCGACUGUCCACGAGGAGCUUUCUGCAACUUCUUCCUGCUGAAGUGCUUAUGAGCCAAUCAGAUCAGAGUCUAUAUUUUAACAUGUAUAUUUUACAGAUUCAUGUAGAUAUAAAUAACCCCCGAUGAUGUAAAGUGGCGUUUAGAGCGGAGGGAACCCUCUGUGAAUUUUUGUCUUGUUACAUUAAAGGUGUUUUAUCUGACUCCU